GACUACGGUUUCACAGUGCCUACCCUCACAGCAAGUCACAUGCCGCGUGGUCAUCGCUUUUCGAAGGUAGGAGAAUGCAGCACCACCAUCCCCCCGGCGCAGUUCCUAGUUUUGGGGCGCUUUCUUUUCGAGGGGCCUGCCUGCGCGAGGAAGACUGACCCCACAAAGGAACAAGCGACUCAAAAUAGGUGGAGCUGAGAAACGCGGAGUUAGGAAGCAAGCACACAGAAAGGCGCGCGUUUGCAGACAACUCAGAAGGGCGGAGGAAUCUCCUUGUUGGAUCCCGCCCACUCCAAUGUAUCGCCCCGCCCUUGCUCAAUUACGCCUGCGUGGUUAUGGCGGCGCCCGGUUCGGAGAUGGAGGUUGCAGCUGAGGCUGGACCAGAGGAGCUGGUCUGUGCGCGGGGACGGAACCGCAAGGCGGUACUAUGCCAGCGUUGUGGCUCCCGCGUCCUUCUUCCUGGGACUGCAGUCUUCGCUCGCAGAGAGCUUUUCCUCCCCUCCAUGAAGAAGAAGACAGCAUUGGUGGCAAGCAGUGACCCAGAUGGAGAUGUUCUGCAAGAACACUGGCUGGUCGAUGACAUGUUCUCUUUUGAAAACGUUGGCUUUACCAAGGAUGUUGGAAACAUAAAGUUUCUGAUCUGUGCAGACUGUGAAAUUGGCCCUAUUGGCUGGCACUGCUUGGAUGACAAAAAGUGUUUCUAUGUGGCCUUGGAUCGGGUUUCCCAUGAAUGACAUGCUGAAGGGUGGCUAAAGACAAAUAGCUGGGCAUCCUAUCAGCUAGCUUGUUCCACAUUAUAAACAUCUUGUUUCCCUCUACUGAAUAUUCAGUUUGGAAUGCCAGUGUGUAACCCUAAGAACAGCCAAAAAAGAAAAGAGGUGCACUACUGUGGUGCUUUAAAAGAAGUAUCUGUACAGAUCCCUUGUCAAAUGAGUUCCGGCUCCCUUGAAUCUCUCGCUUCACUUUCAGAAUUCAUCUUUAUUUCUCUUCCAGGGCAUUAUGCAGAUUCCAUGGGUAUAUUCUGAAAUACAAGACUUUGGUGGUUCAUCGUUUCAAAUUACUGAAAUAAAAAAUGAAAUAUAUUUGAAGUGUUUGUCCUGUGAAGAGUAAGCAUAGAAAACUUUUAACCCCUUUCAGCACUAUAUCCUGGUUUAUGGCUUUCUGGUAUGCUUUGGACCAAAGGGUGAACACAUUGAACUAUGUUUACAAACAUCGCUGCUGUAUUUCUUUUGGUUUUCAUUUUGUAACCAUAAUAUGGAUAGCUUGUGCUUUUAUUGAAAGCCACAUCCUGAUAGAUGGACAUUGAAGAUUUGGGAAAAGUUGAAUGAAAGUCACAGUUUAAACUACAAUAAAUUAAUGUAAUUGAAGUCUUAAA